UGAUUAUAUAAGCAUCUCUCUGAUUCAGAAUCGCGCACUAUUCAUCUUCGUCGUCGUCGUCGUGUUGCUUCUUUCGGGUUGAUAAUGGCCGCCUCAUUUACGGCUCCGGCUCAGGGCCUGGUUCAUUGUCGAAAUCCGACGCUCGGAUUUUCCGAUUCCAUCUUCAAUCGCACUCAACUUCAAUUUCAGGGGCCAGUUCCUGCAAAAUCACAUCCCCUUUCCUUUUCGUAUCAAUUGAAGCUUGCUAAUGAUGUCUUUCCGAGAAAGGAUCACCGUUGCUCUUUUGUGCAGACGGCCGCCGUUCGCCACAUCGUCGGCUCUCUUGCCAAAGCUGGUGGCCUUCGCUUUGCUGUGGUUGUGGGGCGGUUUAACGAAAUUGUGACAAGGCCAAUGCUCGAGGGAGCUUUGUCUACAUUCAAAAGUUAUUCAGUUCAAGAUGAGGAUAUUGAUGUUGUCUGGGUUCCGGGGAGCUUUGAUAUUCCUGUGGUUGCUGAAAGGCUUGGGAGAUCUGGAAAGUACCAUGCUGUCUUAUGCAUUGGAGCUGUGAUUAGAGGUGACACAUCCCACUAUGAUGCCGUUGUAAGCUCUUCUGCAUCCGGAGUACUUUCUGCGGGAUUAAAAUCAGGAAUUCCAUGCGUAUUUAGCGUCUUGACUUGUGACAACUUGGACCAGGCUUUCAAUCGAGCUGGUGGUAAACAUGGAAAUAAGGGUUCUGAGGGUGCUUUGACUGCUAUGGAGCUGGCAUCGUUGUUCGAGUACAACCUGAAGUAGUCGAGAAACAGGAUCUAACGUUUUCCACAUUGCGGGUUUUCAGUCUUGUGAUUUCUCUGUUGUCUUUGCUAAUGGUGGAAUGCUUCAUCAAAUUGCUAAAAGCCACAUGAUGUCUCAGGCAGAAGUCAGCUGAAACUGCUCGAGAGGAAGGAGUGUAAGUUCUCGUGAUUUUAAUUUUCAAAAUUUCUCUGUUCAGCAUUGUCUUUCAAGUUUUAUGUUAGCAUAAAAGAUGAGGCGUUCACUUGUGGCAUUGUGUUGUUUUGCAAUGCGGAACGAACAAAGAUUACAUUACCAAAGAGGCGUCGUUAUUCAGUUAUAAAUUAACUAUGAACGUUCUAUGGUAGCCUCUA